AUGAUCACCCAUCCAGGACCCAGGUGCAAAGGAGAUGGAGAUAUCUGCAUCGACAUUUUCGAGUGUCCGUACUUCGUCAAUUUGCUGGAAGUCACUAAGAAGACAAGACCCCACUUUGUGAUCCAAGAAAUGAGGAAAAAUCAGUGCGGUUUCGUCGACGAUCAUCCCAAGGUAUGCUGUACGCCCAGCCAACUUUCAAGGAGUGAAAUGAAGGAGGAACAUUUGUCUGGUAUACAGCAUGACAAUCUGCAACUUCUUCCAUUGGACACGUGCGGGAACGUUCGGUUAUAUUCCAGGAUAACUAAUGGUGAAAAUCCUCAAUUGGGACAGUUUCCAUGGAUGGCGAUGUUGUUCUACACUACCAGUAAUGGCCCAGAUUUCUUGUGCGGAGGAAGCUUAAUUUCUGAUAAAUACGUGUUAACAGCGGCCCACUGUAUCCAUGACAACAUUCUAGGCGUGAGGGUGGGUGAAUUCAAUAUCAUCACAAGCAAAGAUUGCCAGAGAAAUUCAGGGGUGUGCGCACCCCCUCAUCAGGAUUUCCACAUUGACACCAUAGUGAUGCACCCAGAAUAUGACAAGAAAACGCAAUCUAAUGAUAUUGCGUUGAUACGUCUUUCGGUACCAGCGGACAUGAACAGUGAUUACGUCGGCCCUAUUUGUCUACCCCUUUGGAAUUCUACCAAUCCAGAUGGAGCCACCAUGACAGUAGCAGGAUGGGGAAUGACAGAAAAUGGUUACAAAAGCCCCAUUCUGAAGAAAGCCGAAGUUCCAGAAGUACCCCUGGACACCUGUCGCAAAAUAUUCCACCACUACGCUGAAAUCCUGGACACGCAAAUCUGUGCCGGUGGCAAAAGGAAAGACUCCUGCAGUGGCGACUCCGGAGGGCCCCUUUUCAACAUCGCAACAGGAAAUGGCAGAGCGCGAUAUGUGCAAGCAGGCAUCGUCUCUUUCGGCCCCAAAAAUUGCGGUACCUUCGGCCUGCCGGGGAUUUACACCAGGGUGCAAUCGUAUGUCGACUGGAUUUUGAACCAGUUGCAACCCUGAAGAUAGAACGAAGGCUAGUUCUCAGAUCUGCGUAGUGUCGCCAUUACCUCCUCAUAGCACAUGUUCAACCAUGCUAGAUAGAAAAUUUCAGGUUUUCGACAAAACUGGCGACCAGUCAGGGAAGAUAUUUUCAUUUCCGAUGGUCUUAUGCAUCACCCCUGCGAAGUUCUGAGAAUAAGGCUAUACCUCAUUCAAGUGACUUCAGAUAGACUUCACCAAGAAGUUGAAUAUUGGCAUAAGAGAUCAGCUCAAAAAGAUACACAACAAAACAAAACUCUUCAUUCAAAUCUUUUAUAUUUGUAUUUUGUAUUGAAUUGAAAAAAGGAGGUAGAAAAAUCACAACCUAGGUUAUGAUUUACUCUUAUCUUUCUUAUGUAUAUUCUUGAUAGAGGUUUAGUUUUAUGCCUUCAAAAAAUCUUUCGAAAAAAAUUCAUAUAAAACUUAUAUGUACUUACCAUGCUGUUACCAAAAAGUUUCUUGUGAUAUUGACGAUAUAUUUUAGGUUUAGGAGAACAAAGUUGAAAAACGAAUAAACAUAGAAACUAAUAUACAUUAUUUGAAACCUUUGUAUGAUAUAUUUUUUAUGCAUUAUUUUGGAAAUAUAUU